CAGUCUCUCUUUUUCACAUCUCUUUCUUCAUCGUCUCCGCCGUCCGACAGCCAUGUACAGGCAGGUGCUGGUGCCACCCGGUACCCACUCUCUGCAGUGGCGGGAGACUUGGCCGCGUUUGCUUGCUCCUCUGACCUUAUGGAUAUGUGUUUCGAUUAGUCUGAGGUUCGGUUACUACGGGGACUGUCGAAUGGUGCUCGGACCCAACUCUUCGCGAUUGAUGAAGGCAAGACCUCUGUUCGUGGAGCUGGUCGAAGCCAGAGAUGAAGAUCGGAAAGGGGUUCUUCUUUAUGGGUUCUCGGAAAAACCGGAGUUGAAUUGGGAAACAAAUUGGAGUGUCUCUAAUUAUCUGAUUGUGGGAGCAUACAACCACCAGGGAUUUUCGUUGUGGUUAAACAAGGGUUCUGAUAUCAGAAUGAGAUGGGAAACUCAAACAAGUAGAUUAGCUCAUCUUCAACCGAUUAUCAUUAAAGAACAAUGUUUAAUUUGUCUACAGGCGAACGAAAACGCAAAACAUUGCUGCCAAAAUUUUCAAGUUCUUUCGAUCCCCUUGCUCUGAGUGAACCACUUAGUGGAAAAGAAGUUGAGUACACCGUCAAAGAAGAUGACAAGUACUAUGUAGGAGUGAUUAACAAGUACCGUAGAAGCAUUAUUAUAUCCAUAACUUUGAAUGUUACAUCCAAGAUGUAUGAUCUAACAAAAGCAAGGAACAAUUGUUCCACAGAGACAGGAUCCUGCCAGCUAAAACUUAUAUUUCCUGACACUCAGUUCCUUGUACUUACAACUCCAAACAAAGUCAGAUCUACAACCCUUUUGUCAUUUGCUUUAACAUCAUCAAGUUCAUAACUGAUUCAUUUCCUCAUGGAUUUAAUCACAUGCAUAGUAAUUUUGAUUUCAGGUUGACAGUGGUGCCUGGUAUAUUGAGCUUUCUUUUGUGGCUCGACUAAUAACAUAUAUAGCAAUUUUAGGCUUUUUCUUUGUUAUAAUUUUCUUUGUAUUGAAAUACCUGGGGGCAUGUGAUACUCGUGGGAGCGUAUUUGAUACAGCCCCAAUGGGAAUACAAUAUGAUAGGACUCCUGCUACCGAGACCACCCCCCUACUAACACGAACGCAAUUGCGAUCCACGUAUGGAACAGAAAGAGGAGAUGCAGAUGAUGAUGAAACGGGGUCAUCUAGUAGCUCUUCAGAAGAUCUCUAUGAUGCAAAACUAUGUGUAGUAUGCUAUGAUGAUCAACGCAACUGUUUCUUCGUUCCUUGUGGCCAUUGUGCCACCUGCUACGAUUGUGCUCAAAGGAUAAUGAGUGAGGAUAGCAAGAUGUGUCCAAUUUGUCGAAGACUAAUUCACAAAGUAAGGAGAUUAUUUAGUCCUUGAGAAUUGAGGAAAUAGGAUCAGUAAAUUCAUUUCACAGAGUGAAUUGUAUGCCAUUGCAGUUUUUUUGUGCGAGUUCUUGGCUUGAAUCCUGAUUGUAACUCGUGUAAUUAGCUUCUAAUUUCUCAUUUCACGCGACACAGAAAUGUCAAUUCUCUGGAGGUUUUAUUCUCUUCUCAAAUCUUUAUUACCUGAGAGGAGUAGCUAUGUAUCACAAAGUUGAUUCCCAGCCGUUGUGACGUCUUUCUUAUUUGUUCUU